AUCCGAGUAACCUCCUAUAAUAAUCACCACUCACCAGUCACCCUGCACAUAGCCUUAGCCGCCUCUGCUCACCUAUCAUAUACUAUUAUAAAGCAAAAGGGUAUUGUUCCUCAAACUAUUAAGAUCCAAAAACAAUGGACUAUGAAAACCAAGUAGUGUUGCUUGAUUUCUGGAGCAGUUCAUAUGCUAUGAGAGUAAAAAUUGCAUUGGCAGAGAAAGGAGUUAAGUAUGUUUGUGAAGAACAAAGCUUGGUUAAUAAGGGAUCUUUGCUUCUUGAAAUGAACCCUGUUCAUAAAAUGAUUCCUGUUUUGAUACACAAUGGUAAACCCAUUUGUGAAUCACUUGUAAUUAUUCAGUAUAUUGAUCAAGUUUGGGCUGAAACUUCUUCUUUGCUUCCUUCUGAUCCUUACCAUCGAUCUCAAGCUAGAUUUUGGGGUGAAUUCAUUGAUAAACAAAUAUAUGUUGCUGCAAAACAACUAUGGAAAGCAAAAGGAGAAGAUCAAGAGAGAUUGAUUAAGGAGUUCAUUAGCAACUUGAAGUUAUUAGAACAAGUGAUUAACAAUAAUAUGUUUUUUGGUGGUGAUACAUUUGGGUACAUCGAUGUUGCACUUAUUCCAAUCACUAGCUGGUUUUACACCUUGGAGAAAUUUGGUAAUUUCAACAUAGAGGCUAAUUGUCCCAUAAUUGUUGCAUGGGCUAAAAGAUGCAAAGAAAGAGAAAGUGUGUCUAGUUCAUUGCCAGAUCCUGAGAAAGUUUACAGCUUUGCCUUGGACAUCAAAAAAGCACUUGGGCUUGACUAAGUUUUUCUCGUCAGUAUAACACUUUCUCCGUUUAGAAAUAGUUACAUCAUUUGCAUAGUAUUUACUAUUUACGUAUUACACUUUGAUUGUCUUUGAUGAUUUAUAUUGUAGAAAAAAUAUGAUCAUGUGCGAUCUUGUUAGAUGCGUCUCAACAUAUAUUUUUUUAAUAUCAACUUUUUAUGAUUUUUACUUAUUGAUAAUCAAAAAUAUUAAUGUUUGAAAAAAUAAAUUGGCAAGCGUGAGAACAUGAAAUGGUGCAAUAAUUUCUAAACGGAGGAAGUAUAUGUGAUCGUCCGAGCCAAAUACUAAUUAUGAAUAAUAAAUUUCUUGGUUGUUUA